AUUCCAAAGAUUGAGUUAGGCGAAAAGAAAAAUCGGAAAUAGGCGCAUUUCGCAAAACAAAGAAAAAAUGAUACAAUUUGACCUCCAACCCGGUACCUUGUAGCGGUCGACCCGACGGAUGCGUGCGGCCCGUUUCUUCAUCGGGUCAGGGUCAAAGUGGGUUAACCCGCAGGUCGACAACCUUGGAUCGGAUCGAACAAAUACCCACGGUUCUGGUUUUUUUUUUUUUUUUUUUUAAACAAAGACGGUUAAUUAGGGUGGAAUUUGAAUUGUCCAAGGAAUUUCCUUUUUAUUAUUUUGCAUCACAUUUACGGAGAGAAGGGGCCGGCUGGCAGGCGGCAGAAGAAGCAGAGGCGAUUUUAUCUAAACCCAACUUAGUGAAUGAGAAAGCUGAAUUUAAUUUUUUUCCUAGUUCCGAAUUAUUUAUCCUCGGCCUUUUUUCCCCCUUGUGUCUUGUCUUCUUUUUUAAUUAAUUUUUCCAUGCAAAUAAAGCAACGCAACAAAGAAAAGAAAAGAGAGAAGAAAGCCUUUCUCUCUUCUCCUCCUUUUCAUUAUUAUUUAUUUUUUCACCCUAAUAUCUCCUUUAAUUUUCUACCAUUAUUCAUUCCUUCCCUCCCUCCUUCUCCAUCACUCUCUCUCUCUCUCUCUCUCUCAGUUCUUACCAAAAAGUUUUUCUCUCACUAUUUUCCCGAGAAACAAAAAUUGCCUCUCGCCGAUUUUCCGGGGAGGGAGAAGCCCAGCUGACUCUCUCUGAGUCAUCACUUUGUCUAGAUCUGUGACUGCAGAGAGGAAGAGAGAGCGCCGAGAGACGGGUAGGAGGAGGCGGCGGCCGGUUCAUUACUCCAACUAAUAACCCAUUUCCAGGUAAACCACCAACCUCUUCUCCUCCCUUUCUACUUCUUACAGCCCCAAAAAUGAAAACCCCCCAUUAAAGUGGAGAAAGAUGCACAGAAAUGAAGUCGCGUUCUUGCUUUGCUUUUUGUUUGUUGGGGGUUCUGUACAUGUCGCUCCGAUGAUCGCCCGCCCCAACGACGACUCUUUGCUUCUCUUUCCGAUGAAGGCUGAUUAGAUCUUUCUCUUGCCGUUGAUCUGUUGUGCCUAUUUUGCUUUCGGUCAAUUGAUUGGGUUGUUUUUGUGCUUGUUUUACUUUGGUCCAGUCUGUUUGGCUACCGAGAAAACCGAGGGAAAGAGGGGGGAAAGUUGAGACUUAAAGAACAUGGAAAAAAUCGUCUUCCCAAUCCCUUUGUUUUGACCGUUGUUUGUAUUGGUUUAAUUGAUUAUAUAAGAGGAAGGAAGUCGAGUGCUUUUGUUUAACCCAAUUCCCUCUGGUGUCCUUUUGUUAAUUUGUUUGAUUGUGUUCUUCAAUCAUCGUAGAAAUGAAAACUUUAUUCUGAUGAAACCCAUAUUAGGUUUCUGUGAUGGUGCUGAUAAAUUGAGCUCCUUUUUAUCUAUUGUGUAGCGGGAAGAAACAUUCAGCAAUGACACGAUGUGCUGCAAUUUUGGGGGGGCUAAAGCCCGAAGAGUCUCCAUCGCCGCCAUCGCCAUCUUUGUCAUCAUCACCAGCUCAAUCACCAUCUUCGGUUAUUCUUGAGGGAAGCAGUAGAGCCACCACCAUGAAUAAUCAUCACCAUCAGCUGACGAUUUCGACUGAAGAUGCCCUAGCCAGCUUGCUCGAGCUAGCAGCCAACGAUGACGUCGAGAGCUUCAAGCUCUCCAUCGAGCGAGACCCUUGUUGUGUGGACGAGAUCGGACUAUGGUACUGUCGUCGGAAGGGGUCCAAGCAGAUGGUCAACGAGCAGAGAACACCUCUGAUGGUUGCAGCAACUUACGGCAGUGUUGGUGUGAUGAAGCUGAUUCUCGCCUUCUCUCAGGCGGACAUCAACCAAGCCUGUGGUUCCGACAACACCACCGCGCUUCACUGUGCUGCUUCGGGUGCCGCAGCGAAUGCUGUUGAUGCUGUCAAGCUCUUGUUAUCAGCUGGUGCUGAUCCUAACGUUGUAGAUGGCAACGGUCUGUGUCCGGUUGAUACCAUCGUUGUCCCGCCAAGGCUGCGAGAGAUGAAGCUGACCCUCGAACAGCUGCUUUCCCCCAAUCAGGGUUCUGUGGUCGAGCGGAGUAAUCUGAGGGUUUUCAUUGCCAACGGCAAUCACAAUAACAACUCUCCACCUCUCUCCCCGUCCAUGGAGAAUAAUGGUGCUGAUUCUCCCAUGAAGUAUGGAAGGCUGGACCAGCCGCCUGCUCUAUUCGAGAAGAAGGAAUACCCUAUCGAUCCAUCAUUACCGGACAUCAAGAACAGUGUGUAUUCAACCGACGAAUUCAGGAUGUAUUCGUUCAAGGUCCGACCAUGCUCUCGUGCCUACUCUCACGAUUGGACGGAGUGCCCUUUUGUCCACCCGGGUGAGAAUGCUCGUAGGAGGGACCCUAGGAAGUAUCACUACAGCUGUGUCCCUUGUCCCGAUUUCAGGAAAGGUGCAUGCAGACGUGGAGACAUGUGUGAGUAUGCCCAUGGUGUGUUUGAAUGCUGGCUUCACCCUGCUCAGUAUCGCACCAGGCUGUGCAAAGAUGGCACCAGUUGUGCCAGGAGAGUCUGCUUCUUUGCUCAUACCGUGGAAGAACUUCGUCCUUUGUAUGUCUCAACUGGCUCAGCUGUCCCUUCGCCUCGCUCCAGCGCCACUUCAGGGAUGGAUUUUGCUGCUGCGAUGAGCAUGCUACCACCUGGCUCUCCUUCGUCGCCGUUCACUCCACCUAUGUCUCCCUCUGGUAAUAACGGGAUGUCGAAUGCUUGGGGACCACAACAGCAACAAGGGAAUGGUGUUCCUGCAUUGCAUCUGCCAGCAGGAAGUAGUAAUCUCCAGUCGAGUCGAUUGAGAUCUUCCCUUCACGCGAGGGACAUCCCCAAUGGAGGGGACUACAAUGGCAUGCUGCCGGAUUUCGACAUGCAGAUCUUCAACGAGCUAUCUGCUCUCAAUAACAACAACAAUAACAACUCACUGAACCGCUCUGGUCGUAUGAAGAUCCUGACGCCGUCAAACCUUGACGACCUCUUCUCUGCCGAGACCUCGUCGUACUCUCCUCGCUAUGCCGAUCAAGGAAUGGUCUUCUCCCCGACCCACAAGUCAUCGGUUCUGAAUCAUCAGUUCCAGCAGCAGCAAAGCAUGUUGUCUCCCAUCAACACUAACUUCUCCCCAAGGAGCGUGGUUGAUCACCCUGCGGCGCUGUUGCAGAUGUCGUCGCCACGCAAUGUCGUGGAGCCCAUUUCGCCAAUGAGCGCUAGGAUUUCGUUGCUGGCUCAGCGGGAGAAGCUGCAGCUGAGAAGUCUGAGCUCGAGGGAGCUGGGGUCGAGCAUGCCUUCUUCCCUUCUCGGUGGUGGGGGUUCACCGGUGCAUUUGUCGAGGUGGGGCUCGUCGAGUGGGAGACCGGACUGGACUGCGAGCGCCGACGAGCUGGGGAAGCUUCGGAGGUCGAACUCGUUCGAGCUCGAGAGUGGGGACGAGCCAGACUUGUCGUGGGUUCAGUCGCUGGUCAAGGAGUCUCCAUCUGAUAUGAAAGAGAAGAUGAUGCCAAUGCAGCAAGGUAGUGGUAGUGUUCCUUCUUCAGGUGAGAUUAGUUCAAUGAAUGUGAACUCGCAGAUUGAUUCCAUUGAUAACGCCAUGGGAGCAUGGAUUGAGCAGCUCCAGAUUGAUCAGCUUGUGGCUCAGCAGAACUGACAGAUGAGCUAGCCACAGUUUUUGAAGGUGUAACGUAACAUGGAGUUGAUGAAAUUGUGAGAGUGAGAGGUGACUGUUGGAUUAAUGGGCUGCGGGUGGUUUGGAUUCUUUUUGAUUCCUUUUGACCCCCAGUAAGCCCGUUUUUUUCUUACUUUUAUGAUUUUUAGUUUUUUUACUGUUACAGCAGGAAUUAGCAAUGGUUAAAAAGCCCUGGGAAGGAGGGUGGGGAAAAAGACAGAAAAGAGAAGAAGGUUAACAGAGCAAACAGAAAGGGGACUGGAGAUAACAAAAUUAUCGAAUGGCCCUUUGCUCUAGAAAAGAUGUAACUUCUAUUAUUCAUAUUUUUGUCACCAUCGAAUUUUUCAUGCUAUUAUAAUGAUCAUUAUAUUAUUUUCAAUAUCUAGUUAAUUGUAUUCUAUUUCUUUCCUUUUCUGAUAGCAAAUUUCGUCGAAUUGUUGAUCAUGCUGUGUUAAUAUCGUUGGACCUAUGGAAUGUUGUUCGAUGCUCUGUAUUGGUUUUACCUUCCUUAUUGGGGUGGUCAUUGGUCAAAUAAGUGAAUAACCCAAUGAUGUUGAGCAAUGUUGAUGCUUUUCACUAUCACCUUUGUUGUCGACAUUGUUGUGAAUUUUCUAAAACUUAACAUAAUAACUAAUUUGACCGACGAGUUAAGAUAAAUAUUCAAACAUAUA